AUGGCAACUAAUCCAGUAGUAAACCCUGCAGCAGGUGCCGGGAAUCAGCAAUCGCAACCGAACAUUCUCACGGAAGCGGUUGUAAGCAUCCUCACCAAUCAGCAGGCUCUGAUGAGACAAAUGUCACAGCAGUUGGCCGCUACACAGGCAGCCUUAAAGAGUUUGUCCCGAGAUGAGGUUAUACUCGAUUCGCUUUCAAGCGACAUGGCGGAAUUCGUGUAUGACAAAGAAAAUGGGCACACAUUCGACGCAUGGUUUUCGCGAUAUGCAGAUCUUUUUGAUAAGGAUGCGGGAAAGUUAGAUGACGCCGCAAAGACUAUUAAGGAGGACGAGGAAGACUACCUUGCCUACUCAUGCAAAGUCAACAAAUCCUGUGUCGAUUUCAAGCUUUCGCAGCUGACAGAGGAACAGUUCAAAUGUCUAAUUUACGUUUGCGGUCUUAGGUCAAGCAAAGACGCAGAAAUUAGAAUGCGGUUAAUUAACAAGCUCAAUGAAGCAGCAGACAUUACCCUUCAGCAAAUCGUUGAGCAAUGCAACAGUUUAGUGAAUCUGAAGCAGGAUACCGUACUAGUGGAGAAACUGUCAUCAGUUAAUUACGUGGCACACAACAAACGUUUGCCGAAUCCAACACGUCAAGCAAGUGGAUGUGGUAACGAUCGUGAGCAGCCACGAACACCCUGCUGGUCCUGUGGUGGAAUGCACUUCAGCAAGGACUGUCGAUUUCGUGACCACAAAUGUCGUGAUUGUGGCAAGCAAGGUCACCGUGAAGGUUAUUGUUCCUGUUUUAGAUCAAAAUUGGCGGCCAACACGUCAACCAAAAAGUUGCUGAUGAAAAAAAGGAAGCAGCGUGAGCAUUUAACAAAAACCGUAGCAGUGAAAAAUGUUGCACAAGGUCGGAAAUUCGUUGCUGUUUUAUUAAAUAAUGUCCCACUUCGUCUGCAAUUGGACACUGGGUCGGAUAUAUCCAUUAUCUCGCAUCGCUCGUGGAUCCGGAUUGGUCGUCCGCAAGUAAAACCAGCAUUAUGUCGUGCUAAAACAGCAUCUGGGGAGCCGCUAAAACUCGUCUCGGAGUUGCAUUGUACUGUUACCCUCAAUGACGUCACCAAAGAGGACAUCGACAUGAUAGAUUUAUUUGGUUUGUGGAAUCAUCCAAUUACGUCAUUCUGCAACCAUGUCAUCACUUGGAAAUCCAAAGGCACAGCAGAGUUACAAGCACAAUUCCCUGACGUAUUCACUGACAAGAUGGGCCUAUGCAACAAAACGGCAGUGAAACUCGUUCUCAAGGGUACACCAAAACCGGUAUAUCGUCCAAAACGUCCGGUAGCAUACAGUAUGGAAAACGUAGUAGAAGAUGAACUCCUUCGGUUGGAAUGCAACGGUAUUCUGAAAAAAGUUGAUUUUUCCGACUGGGCAGCGCCUAUUGUUGUUGCCUAA